AUGGUGCACCUGGAGCCCUUUGGAGUUGAGGAGUGGAUGGACGCCCAUGAGAACUCCGCCAAGUACAAUCUCGCCGAGACGUGUUGUGCAUCCAUCUCCAUCGAGCAAUUGCAAUCGCUUGCUGAGGAUCCUGCUGAGAAGUCCGCCGGUAUUCUGACAACGUCGGAAAAGCUCACCUAUGGCGAAAUCCGCGGCAGCGAGGCUCUUCGGAAGAACCUCUCAAGACUCUACUCAUCAAGGGCGACAACUCCCUUGCCCGAGGAUAAUAUUUUGAUAACUCCGGGUGCUAUCAUGGCCAACACCCUGGUCUUCUACGCCCUGAUUGGGCCAGGAGACCACGUCAUUGUCCACCAUCCAACGUAUCAGCAACUAUACGAGGUCCCGAAAAGCUUGGGCGCCGAAGUGGACCUCUGGGAAGCCAAAGCCGAAAACGACUGGAUACCGGAUCUGGAAGAAUUGAAGGCUUUGGUGCGGCCAAACACCAAACUCAUCGUAGUCAACAACCCCAACAACCCCACCGGCGCCAUCCUCCCCAAGUCCCUCCUCCAAAACCUCAUCGACUACGCCGAGACCAAAUCCCUCCCCAUCCUCAGCGACGAAGUCUACCGCCCCAUCUUCCACAGCGUCUCCCCCGUCGACGAGUCCUUCCCGCCCUCGAUCCUCUCCCUCGGCUACCCGCUCACCAUCGCCACCGGCUCCCUCUCCAAGGCCUACAGCCUCGCCGGGAUCCGCGUCGGGUGGGUCGCGGCGCGGGACGCGGGCGUCGUCGCCCGCCUCGCCGCCGCGCGGCACUACACGACCAUCAGCGUCAGCAGCCUGGACCAGCGGGUGGCGGCGCGCGCGCUGGGCGCCGCCACCGUGCACGCGCUGCUCGCGCGCAACAUCUCGCUCGCAAAGGCGAACCUCGAGCUGCUCGACCGCUUCGUCGUCAAGCACGACGACGUCGUCGAGUGGGUGCGGCCCAAGGCGGGCACGACGGCGUUUCUGCGCUUCCAUCGCGACGGCGCGGCGGUGGAUGCGGGGCAGUUUUGCCGGACGCUGUUGGCGGAGACGGGCGUGCUGUUUGUGCCGGGCCCGGAGAGCUUUGGGGAGAGGUUUGCGGGGUAUGUGAGGGUUGGGUUUUGCUGCGAGACGGAGGUGUUGAAGGAGGGGUUGGAGAAGGUGAGGGUGUGGAUGAAGAAGAAUUAUGAUGAUGUGCCGUUGGUGGCGUAG